AUGCUGUCGGCAGCCAAGCUUGCAAUUUUUCUCAUAGCCAUCAUCCCAGCUCUGUCGUUCGGUCUUCAUUAUCCUGCGGCAACUUCGGGUUGGACUCGGCACUACAGAGAUGAACCUCAUCGCACACUGAUCGGGCGCGGAGGAAAGAUCAGGACUCGCGAUUCCCUUCGGAUUGAUGGGAUCGUUGUAGAUGACUUGAAGUUCCUCGGGAAGGGCGAUUUUGGUUCAGUCUAUAGGGGAAACGUGCAGGGAAAAACCACCGGUGGUAAGGACAUGCCAACAGAAGUUGCAAUCAAGGAAUGCAGGGGCGCCCAACACGUCAAGAGUUGUGAGAAGGAGAUAAGGGCGAUCUCAGAGCUGCACGAGAGGGUCAAGGAUAUCAAUAUCCCCAAGAUCUUCGCCUCUCAGCACACGGAAGAACUCGACCGAGGCAAACUGGUACCAGUCUUACGCUUCAUCAUGACCCUAGGAAAAGGCGGGACUCUGGCAGAUUCCAUGGAAACGUACGUCAAGAUCGAGACUAACAAAAAUCGCCUGCGGGCUACGAAGGAACUAUGGAAGACUCUAUCUAAGGUUCACGGCGCCGGUUGGGCAGACGGUGAUAUCAAAUCACGAAAUCUGGUGUUCGAAGAAGAAUGGGUGGACCGGAAAGAAGGCCCGCCGGGGCAGAUCUUAAUCGUGGAUUUCGGUAUGGCACAGAGUCUUUCAGACAAGAAGGCGCACUACGAAGUUGUACGAAAGCGAGACUUGGUACAGAUGGCAAAGGUCUCUUACCGGAUGUUCUAUGGCGUAUCUCUGGCUCAAACACCUCGAGAGCGCACCCGGCUUGAUAGCAGCAGAAGCAUUGAAGAGAUUCAGGAGUCGUUCAGUAAGAGCAUGGGGGGCAAGAAGAUGAAGACAAAGGCUGUGAAGUUCUUCGCAUACGUCUUCCAGGAGAAAAUCCCCGACAUUGGGGACAUAUUGAAAAGAUUGGAGGACCUAGAAGCAGACGAUCUGGAGUAUUGA